AUGGAUUCCUACGACGACCCCUUCACGACCCCGCGCCGUCCGCCUCCAAACUCCGUCUCCGAAACCCCCCUAACCCGCUCACAAGCCUCCCGUACAAUCGCAAACCAAAUCGAGGAUACCACAAAACAUCUCGAAUUAGUCGGCGAUGUCGGCGAGAAACUGCGCGCCACAAAACAGCGGCUAAUGGACCGUCUUCGGGAAGUCGAAAACUCCAAGGGCGAUGAACUUUCCCCGGAUCUUAGACAGCAGUUGGAGGAUUUGCAACGUGAGUACGAUGACGUUGGCAAGGAGAGUGCUAGAGCCUUCUCCGCUAGCGCUUCUAAGUCUGCGUACUUGGCCAGUGCCUAUGAUUCUACACCGUCAAAAGAUCCGAAUCAUCUAGGGAUCCCGGAUUCACCAUCAUUCAGCGUAUCCAACUCUCCAAGCGGGGGUAAAACCCCUUCUUCUAGAAAACAACGGAACCAGCCAAAUCGUUUGCAGGACAUUCAGUUCGCUACCGACAUAGGUCAUAAUCUUAUCGUUACCGUCCGUCAGCUUCAGAAUCUCCUCAAUGAACGCGAUGAAAAGAUCAAGCUCAUCGAGAAUGAGAAAUCCAAACUCGAAUUCACAACCGAGCAACAGGAGAGCAGGCUCAAGGCCCUCGAUGAAUCCGAGCAGCGAUACAAGGAGGAAAAUUGGAAUUUGGAACUAAACCUACAAGAUCUACGUAACGCUGCUAGCGCUUCCAAAGAUGCAGAGACAAAGUUGACAAACCAAAUCAACACUGUCACGGCUGAAAAGGAGUCGCUGACGAAGGAAAUAUACGAGAUAAAACAGACUCAUGCAAAGGAGGUCGAGGCUGCGAAUUCAAGCCACAAGGUCACUGAGAAUGAACUUGCAAGCAUGAAGCGCACGACCACGAUCGCCAAUAUGGAACGAGAUGCCUUGAAACGCAAGAUCGAGGAGCUUUCCUCUGAGCUUGAGGACAGCCAAAAGGACCGCGCUAGACUCCGCCACGAAGAAUAUCAAAGCGAGAAUGCCUCAGUUGUCAGCUCUCAAUCUGUUAAGGAAGAUGAAGACAGCCCGGAUAACUCACCUCCUCCAUCUCCAAACAAGGCUACUCCGCGCCAUGCCAUGCUCGAAUCUGAAACUCUCAAGAGCAGUCUCCACCACGCUCACCGCAUGAUCACAUCUCUCAAAUCCACUAUUCACCGAGAAAAGACAGAAAAGUCCGAGCUCCGCCGUAUGCUUCAAGAUGCUCGCGAUGAUCUCGAACAAGCCCGUCUUGAGCGCGCUAGCAACACCAGCGGCAGUACCCGUCGCAAGAAGACUGACGACGGAAAAGUCAAGAAGCCUCUGCGACCGCCAAUCAAGAUGGGUGACAACCGCAAGACUCGUACCGAUGUUACCAUGAUCAUGGAUGAUGAUUGGGAAGACCAAAUCUCAGUCGUUGCGCCAGAUGAUACCGAUAGAUUCGACACAGCUGCCGAAACAUCCUUCGAGACCGCCAACGAAGCCGAUACCACUGACGCCUUCCAAACAGGUGCAGAAAGCAUGGCUGAGUCCACCGGUGAAGAAACCGAAACCGACACCCCCUUUGCAACUCCAGGACCGAAUGGCGACUUCCUCAAGCCAAUUACUAAGCCUAACUUUGGUUCCAGACCUGGUAGCGAUCGUGGUUCUCAACGGGGUAGCAACCGUGGCAGCGUACGCAGCAGAAUCGAGGUUCCUAUCCAAAGCGAUGAGAGUGAUGAAGAUGCGUUCGGUACUGUUAGGGGCAUGUCUCAUCCUCAGAAGCUUAAGUUGCGGAUCGGUAGGGGCAACAGACGUGGUCUCGCUGAUGGUAGCGUCUUCAUGAAUCACAGGGGCUCGAUUGAUAGCGUGGAAAGCACACCGCCCUCAGCCAUUCUGCCGAAUAACCGCUCGUUAUUCACAGAACUUGGUGGUGGACCGGGUACCUCGAGCGUUGAGGGUACACCGCAAAGCGCUGUUACUAGAGCUAGCAGGAGUUUGUUCGCAGAGCUUGGUGAUAUGAGCCCUGGAAACAGCGAUGACGAACUCGUGGAACCGCAGUCUGCUACGCUUGAGCCAACUAAACGGGAUCGAGUGGUCUAUGCUGAUGCUGGAAUUAUGACUGAUCCUAUCGAAGAGAAGAUCAAGGAGGUUGAGAAGAUAGUGACCGUCACGGUACCAGUCCCAGUUGAAAAGAUAGUGGAAGUGCCGGUUGAAAAGAUCGUCGAAGUUCCAGUGGAGAAGAUUGUUGAAGUUCCGGUCGAAAAGAUUGUGGAGGUAAUUGUGGAGAAGAGGGUUGAGGUUCCCAUCGAAGUCAUCGUUGAAAAGCCAGUUGAGGUCUUUGUAGACCGACCAGUAGACAGGAUCGUUGAGGUCAUUGUCGAGAAGCCGGUUGAGGUCGAAAAGAUUGUGACGGUGACUGUUCCUGUGGAAAAGGUUGUGGAGGUUCCAAUUGAAGUGGAGAAGAUCGUGGAAGUUGAGAGGAGGGUGGAAGUACCGGUUGAAGUGGAAAAGAUUGUCGAGGUACGAGUUGAGGUGGAAAAGAUAGUGGAAGUACCAGUCGAAGUAGAGAAGAUUGUGGAGAAGAUUGUGGAAGUCGAGAAGAUCGUGGAGGUACCUGUUGAAAAGAUCGUGGAGAGGGAGGUUCCCGUCGAGAUUGUCAUCACCAAGGAAGUUCCUGUCGAAAUCUUCAUUGAAAAGAUUGUCGAAAAGGAAGUCCCUGUUGAGAGAAUCGUUGAGGUCCCCGUUGAGAGAAUCGUCGAAGUCCCCGUUGAAAAGAUUGUCGAAAAGGAAGUUCAGGUUGAGAAACUGGUUGAAGUUCCUGUCGAAAAGAUUGUUGAACGGGAGGUUGAGAAGAUUGUCGAGGUCGAGGUCCAAAAAAUCGUCGAGGUACCCGUUGAAAAAAUUGUGGAGGUUGAGAAGAUCGUGGAGAUUAAGGUUGAGGUACCAGUUCAAGUCUUCGUCGAGAAGAUCGUCGAGAAGGAAGUCCCAGUCGAUAGAAUCGUUGAUAGGGAAGUUCCUAUUGAGAAGAUCGUCGAGAAGAGAGUUGAGGUCCCCGUCCAGGUCUUCGUUGAGAAGAUCGUCGAGAAGGAGGUGCCCGUCGAGAUCACGGUUGAGAAGAUCGUCGAGGUUCCUGUUGAAGUCGAAAAGAUCGUCGAAGUCGAGAAGAUUGUCGAAAAAAUCGUCGAGGUACCUGUCGAAGUAGAGAAGAUUGUGGAGAAGGAAGUUCUUGUCGACAAGAUUGUUGAAGUCGAAAAGAUCGUUGAGAAGGUCGUUGAGAAGGAGGUCCUCGUUGAUAGAAUCGUGGAACGGGUCGUCGAAGUUCCUGUCGAAAUUGAAAAGAGAAUCGAAAUCCCAACAAUUAUUGAGAAGAGGGUCGAGGUUCCAGUCGAGGUCGAAAAAAUCGUCGAGGUCGAAAAGAUCGUCGAGGUCCCAGUAGAGCGCAUCGUCGAGGUCGAAAAGAUCGUUGAGGUUCCAGUCGAAAUUGAAAAGAUUGUCGAAGUCGAAAAGAUCGUUGAGGUUCCAGUCGAAAUUGAAAAGAUUGUCGAAGUCGAAAAAAUCGUGGAGCGCAUCGUCGAGGCCGAGAGACCAGCCACCCAAUCUAGAGACCAAGCCGUGGCUGCCGGUCUCGCUGGCGGCAUCGCAGGCAUCGGGCUCGGUGCCGCUGCCGCCCGCAAGGUACCUCAAAUUGCUACUGACGAGACAGCGACCACCAGCCCGACAAACGGCCAACCUAACGGCAAGAUUCCUCUCCGCGAAAUCUCCGACAACCGGGGUACUGGAUUGGAGCCUUUGUCCGAAAACCUCGGCGAGGAGAACCAGGCCAAGGGCAAGCGUGUUACACUCGAGGCCUACAGACCUACGAGCGCUGGCAGUGUUAGAUCCCGGGGCGUUUCCAUCGACGGUGGCCUUGCAGCCGUCGCCGCAAUCCGUAGACCCGGCAGCGCAACCAGUAUUAGGACUCUCCAGAACGCCCCCCCACUUCCCUUUAACGCUGACGAAAAGAUCGCAGCCCAUAGGAGCAGUAGCGCAAUGGGUCCCCCAAUGGCACCAGCUUCCGCAUCCCGCAACAGCAUCAGAUACAUGGCACCAACCCUUAGCCCAGUUUCGACUCGUACUGGUGAUAUCAAUGUUACUCCCAAACCGAGACAAAUGUCAGGUCGCUCAAUGGACUUUAACCGCAGCAAUGUCUCCUCGCCAGUACCAACUCGACGAUCUAGCGUCUCCUCAUUCGCUUCGGAUCUUGACGAACGUUUCCAGAUGCAACGAAAUCCACUGCCAGGCAUAGGACGCGCUGGUGACCAAACCAACGAUCCUCGUCUAAUUCAAGCCAUCACGCAGACGAUGAUCGGUGAAUACAUGUGGAAGUACACUAGAAACGUUGGCCGAAGUAGUCUUUCGAACAACCGUCACAGACGCUUCUUCUGGGUCCACCCAUAUACCAAGACUCUAUACUGGAGCGACCAUGACCCAUCUACUUCCAGCACUCAAGCUAAUGCCAAGAGUGUCAGUAUCGAAGGUCUCAAGGUCGUCACAGACGAUAAUCCUUCCCCGCCCGGGCUCCAUAGGAAGAGCUUGAUAGUAUUGGCUCCUGGAGGAAAGAUGAUCAAGUUCACUGCCCCGACUGGACAGCGACACGAGACUUGGCUAAAUGCAUUGUCUUAUUUGAUGGAGAAGAGCAUGCAGGCUAUCGAUAACGAAGAGGCCGACGAAGCUGCUAACUCCAUUAUGAAUGAUGACACAAGGGAGUUCGACCCAAUGUACUCUAGCACCCAUGCUCGCCAGGCCCCCUCGUUAUCUUCUUACAACAGCAGAAACACCGCAUCUGUUACACCAACGAAGCAAAUGAUGGCAAAGAGACAUGUAUCACAAGCUUCGCAACAGACUAUUCACACUCAAGGAUCGAUGUCGAGGCUCAGUAAUAUUUUCCGCUCCGCCGCGCCCUUUGGCAGCCUUCGAGGCAGCCGAAGUGCCAGCCGUGCGACUUUUCACUCGGUCUAUGAUGCUAGUGAGGUAAAUGAUAGCGCAGAGGACCUACGACAAGAGUACGAGAGGCAAGAUCGUGAGAGGGAGAGGUUGGAAAAUGUCAGAGAGUGCUGUGAUGGUGCCCACGACGUCAGUUCUUUGCCUAGAAGGUUGCACGGCCGUCGUAGCAGCCAAAGUCAGCGACAUUCCCACCUUCACAAUCACAAUCACAAUCACACCUCACCAACCUCCCAAACUCAACCAUCCUCACCUGAGGUUCCCCGUGCAACUGUUGCCACUGUUUCCUCAUCAUAA